AUGUCCACAAUGAAUAAUCCAUUAGAUCUUCUGAUGAAUGUUGACGAACUACAACUAUUGGAUGAUGAACAAAACUACCCAGGUCAAUUUGAUCAAACCAAUGUUGAUGUUAACAAGGAUAUUGUACUAGGUCUAGAUAAAACGUCUGGUGUUCCUAUAUAUUCGUUAGCCGGUGAUGUUGAAGAGCAACCUCUUAAGAGUGGAGAAAACGGUGACCUCCAUUAUAACUUAAAUUCUAAUUCUACUCAAAAUAUUGGAUUUUUAGCUAACAAAUCUCAAACAAAACUAUACCCUUCAAAACUUCCAAGAUUGGUAAUUAGUAAAGAGUACUCUCAUUACAUUUCCAAGUUGUUCGAAAUUUAUAAUAAUCUGGGCGAAGAUCAUCGUACCUUCUCUAAGCCAACAAUUGGUCUCAUAAGUCGUUCUUCUAGAAUCGAACACAAUCAAACAGUGAAUUUAGCGUUAGAGACAUUGGUAACCGAAUUAGAGUUCUAUAUCGAUUCAAUCAAGCAUAUUGAUACUGAAUUUGAUAAAUUUAUCGAGUUAGAGGAUUGUUUGACUAUUUUAAAUUGUAUGAAGACUUUUUAUUUCACAGUCGAAGGUGACAUGGAUGAUGAUAACCAACGGAAUGAUUUCAUGGAUAGAUUGCUAAAUUGGGUGAAUCGCUCUGAUGGUGAACCAAGUGAGCAGCUAAUUGAAAAGGUAUUUUCUACAUCUGGCGAAGGCCAGAAACAUGUUUAUAACUCAUCAUCAUUCUGGAAACUAAUCAAUAAGUUAUUACUAAGAGGCUUGUUUACUCAAGCUAAGGGUUGCCUGAAUAGAAGUGGUAUUAUUUCCUCUUUGGAAAGUCAAUGUGAAGUCUCCAGAAAUGCAAUUCAUGACAUGAUUGCUUUAUUAGAACAAUAUCCAAAGGAUUCACCAUCUGCUUACAGAAAUUGGAAAUCCCUUAUAUUAGAACUCCAACAAACAUUCAGUAAUUCUGAAACUAAAAUAAAUGGCGAGCUCAGAGAUAACAUAGAAGAUUCGUUAUUACUAUUAAGUGGUAAUCAGUCAAAAAUCUUUCAGUAUUCUUCAACAUGGUAUGAAUCAUUUUGUGGUUUGAUGUUAUACUAUAUUCCAUCAAAUAAAUUAUUAACCGAAUAUUUACAAUUAUCACUAGAUGCUUGUCCACUAAAUGUUACUAAUAUCUGGGAACAACCUUGUGUAGAUAUCAUUAACGGAAAAAUAUUUUCUAUUUUACCAAUUUUAGAAUCAUUAGAUACCUGUACAACUGCAUUUGUAGCAGGUCUAUGCGAUGCCAAAGGUUUAUUAGAGGAUUAUAGUUACGCUAAUGACGCUUCUCAAAAUGAAACCAUUGAAGACUUACUUUCUCGCAAAAAUGGUAUGGCAUCUUAUUUAUUAGACAAUUUUGCAUUUGAACUUUGUUCCCAUGAUGAUAAGACAUUGUGGCCGGUUGCCAUUGGAUUGAUCAGUAUAUCCCCAGUUAACUCAUCUAAUGCGAUUAGGGCAGCAAUAUCUGAAUUAUUACCUCGUUACCCAUUCUCAACGAAUGAUGAUAUAGAAUGGAUGUUAACUAUUUGUGCAAAGUGGAGACUACCAGAAGUUUCGAAAAAGAUAUUUUUAACUGUAGCUAAUAAUUUAUUAUCCGAAGGUAAUUUAAUCGAAGCAAUCACUAACUUCAGUAAAGCCGGUGCGUUUGAUUUAGUCAAACAUCACGCAUGGAUGAUUUUUGAAACUUCAUUACUAAGCAAAGAACCUGUUGACGAUAUUAUUCUAACAGCUAUCGUUAAAAAUGAAACGAACAAUAUCAUUCCAAAUGAAUUAUCACACAGUUUAGUUACUGAUGCAAUGAGACAAGCACUAUCACCGUAUGCUGUAUUAUAUGAAUUUUAUGAAUUACUAAAGAUGAAAGAAAUGAAAGAAGCUCUUAAUAAGAUAAGAUCACUUAUAGAAUUUCAAUAUCUACCAAAAAAGUAUUUUGUUAUUUUACUUGUUCAAUUUUUAUUCCCAUUAUUCAUUUUAAAAGAUGAAUUCAAAAUGGAUGAAGAUGUAAUUUUAAGCGUCAUUGAACGUUGCGAUGAAAUGUUAAAAGCUGAAGAUGCUGAAUUACAAAAAGUUUACUCAGAGAUAAUACAGAACGUCAAAGAAAAUGAAGAAAUAACCUUACCGGCUAAUUUAAGUUUAUUUGAACAAACUUUAAGGAAAAAACUAAAUAUCAAGCUAUGCCAGGAAUAUAUGUAA